AUGGAUUAUUAUUUUAAGGUUUUCUUCUCCGUUUCUCUUCUCUUUGUGAUCCUCUCUGUUUCGGCCGGUGAGAACGACGGCGGCGACGAUCUCUUGAUCCGGCAAGUGGUUAAUGAAGCGGAGCCGGAAGUUUUGUCCUCGGAGGAGGAUCACUUUUCUCACUUCAAAAGGAAAUUCGGAAAGGUUUACGGUUCUCAUGAGGAGCAUCACUACAGAUUCUCUGUUUUCAGAGCUAAUCUCCGGCGAGCGAUGCGUCACCAGAAGAUGGAUCCUUCGGCGAGUCAUGGGGUUACGCAGUUUUCGGAUCUGACUCCUUCUGAGUUCAGGAGAAAGCAUUUGGGCGUUAAUGGUGGGUUUAAGCUUCCCAGUGACGCUAAUCAAGCUCCGAUCCUCCCGACUCAGAAUCUUCCUGAUGAGUUUGAUUGGAGAGAUCGUGGCGCUGUUACUCCCGUCAAAAACCAGGGAUCUUGUGGGUCUUGCUGGAGUUUCAGCACAACAGGUGCUCUUGAAGGUGCUCACUUUCUCGCAACCGGCGAACUCGUCAGUCUCAGUGAACAACAGCUCGUCGAUUGUGAUCACGAGUGUGAUCCAGAGCAGGAAGGGUCAUGUGACGCUGGUUGCAACGGUGGGCUAAUGAACAGCGCCUUUGAGUAUACGCUGAAAACCGGAGGGCUCAUGCGAGAGGAAGAUUAUCCUUACACGGGAACUGAUGUUGGGUCUUGCAAGUUAGACAAGUCUAAGAUUGUUGCUUCUGUCUCCAACUUCAGUGUUGUCUCUAUCAACGAAGAUCAGAUUGCUGCAAACCUAGUCAAAAACGGCCCUCUUGCUGUGGCGAUUAACGCAGCUUACAUGCAAACCUACAUCGGAGGAGUGUCCUGCCCUUACAUAUGCUCGAGACGGCUCAACCACGGUGUGUUGCUUGUGGGUUACGGCUCGGCCGGGUUUGCUCAGGCCAGGUUUAAAGAGAAGCCGUAUUGGAUCAUCAAAAACUCGUGGGGAGAUUCUUGGGGAGAGAAUGGUUUCUACAAGAUAUGUAAAGGCCGUAACAUUUGUGGCGUUGAUAGUUUGGUUUCCACAGUCGCUGCCUCUGUCUAG